AUCUAACCAUCUGUCUAAACCCACCACCGAGCGCGAUCCUCCGUGAUGACAACACAAAGCCGAAUGAAAUAGGGCGUGUUUGAGAUGAAAUGGCCGAAGCCAGUGGUGGCAAUCAUUAAAAAGCAACACGUUAAAACGGAGAUCGUGGGUUUCAACGGCGGGCGGCAAUGGCGGUGGUGGGAACAUGAUGCCCGACGUGCCUUGCCAUCAUUUCCCUUUCUCAGAAAGUAGUCGUGAAAUUUGCUUGAUAUAUUGGCCACAAAGAUCGACGAAGACAAAUUUGUCAAGAGGAUGAAACAACGGUGGUAGAGGAGGGAUACGGGUGGCCAAAAGAAAAGAAACAUGAGGGAGGGCCAGAACGGGAAAUAAACGCCCGAGUACUUCUGAUUCUCCUCCUCCUCCCUUCCUUCACUCCAACAGAUCCAAGCCCUCCCUUAUUGUUGGAUUACUAUCCUCCGUUUUUGGUUCUGCGUCUCAGUGUCCUGCUCUACGUUGCAAAGAUAACUUCUUUCGUCAUUUCCAGAAGAAUGGGAGACCAUCUUGCUUUGUUAGUGGACCACCUGCUCACCGAGUCAACGCUUGAAGCGGCUAUUGGUAGUCGGAAGCACGGCCAGAUUGCCGCCAAUUCGGCAUCUUUGGAGGACCCAGCCAAAGAAUUCACUCGGAAGAGUCACGUCAGAGGAAGGACAUCCGUGGGAAAGUUGGUCGAGUGCCGAAUUUGUCAAGAAGAAGAUGAAGACUGCAACAUGGAGAUCCCUUGUUCAUGUUGUGGCAGCUUGAAGUAUGCUCAUCGUAAGUGUGUUCAAAGAUGGUGUAACGAGAAGGGCGACACAGUGUGUGAGAUUUGCCUGCAGCAAUUUAAGCCAGGUUAUACUGCUCCUCCAAAGUUGUUUCAGUAUGGGAGUAUUCCUAUGAACUUCAGAGGCAAUUGGGAGAUUACCAGACAGGAUCAGCAUGAUUCUCAGAUCAUAGCACUGGUUCCAUCUGAACAUGAUAUCGUGCACCCUGAUGACGAUGAUUAUUCAGCUUUAGGCAUGAGAAACACAGUUUGUCGUCAGUCAAUUGUGAUAAUAUUCACAGUUCUUUUGGUUCUUCCCCACACUCUUCCUCUUAUGAUCGGUGUAGCUGAGCAGUAUUCAUUCACUCUGUUCUCACUACUGGUGUUGCGGACUGCUGGAAUACUUUUGCCGAUCUUUGUAAUGGUCAGAACAAUAAGGACAUUUCACCAGUUCCGCUGCCGAUGGGUAACUCGUGAAAUAUCUGAUCCAGCUGAAGGAGAGAACAUGAUCGAACCUUGGCAGCUGGUGCGGUCUCAGCCACAUCACAUUCAGAUGCACUGACUGAUACAAAGGAGCGAACGAUUAGCAGCGCGAGUGAAUAAUCCCACUGUUUCUUGGUGAUGCAAGAUCAGGUCAAACAAUGGAAGAUGAGAAGAGGAAAAAUGACUGGGAACUUGGCAUGGUUAUGCAGUCUGCUGCUCUGUACAUAACAUGGUAGUGAUAGGUUUCCCUUCGGAAUGCUUGAAAACGUUAGCCAUAGUUGGAUCCCUCUAUAGAAAGCCACUCGCUUCAGAAAGCUUGAAGAUGAAGUGGCUGAAUUGAGAGUAGUGAUAUGGAUGGCAUGGUGUAAAGUCGAACUCAUUUGGCAGUCAAAAGAAGAUUCAAGUUUGACUUUAAAUGCCAAUGUUAGAGCAGCUUGGAUUUUCUUUUUACUUUUAUUUAUUUAUUGGAUUUACUUGAAUAAGCAUAAUUAUGGGUCAACCCAUAUGUCCUCCCUUGUGGUUGAUUCAAAUAAGGUGAUGAAGAAGGAGUUACUA